GCAGCCCACCCCUGGGGCAUGUCCUGACAUCCCCUGUGUGCCUUGCACAGGGGUCCUGAUGGGCCUGGGUGACAUGAUCUCACAGCAGCUGGUGGAGAGGCGGGGUUUGCGGGAACACCACACGGGCCGGACCCUGACCAUGGUAUCCCUGGGCUGUGGCUUUGUGGGACCCGUGGUGGGAGGCUGGUACAGGGUUCUGGAUCGGCUCAUCCCCGGCACCACCAAGGUGGACGCGCUGAAGAAGAUGCUGCUGGAUCAGGGUGGGUUUGCCCCGUGUUUUCUAGGCUGUUUCCUCCCACUGGUAGGGACCCUCAAUGGACUGUCGGCCCAGGACAACUGGGCCAAGCUACAGCGGGAUUAUCCUGAUGCCCUCAUCACCAACUACUAUCUCUGGCCUACUGUGCAGUUAGCCAACUUCUACCUGGUGCCCCUUCAUUACAGGCUGGCUGUGGUCCAGGGGGUCGCUGUUGUCUGGAACUCCUAUCUGUGCUGGAAGGCACAUCAGCCCUAGGCAGCCUCACCCCACAGUUGCCACUUUGCAGCGAUGCAGCCUCCCCAAAGCGGGGACACCAGCUUCCGCAGGCUUGGGGUGCUGGUCAGAAUUCAGCGGGAUUAGCACCCUGAAGUACCCAUUUUGCCCUAAAAUGUAAAUGGACUCUGACGUCACUAAGACCUUUUAUAAUAGUCUUAUUUCUGCCACGUACUGCGCACUCCAUAAAUAAACAUGCUGAACCCGAGGACCU